CGUGAUUCUGUCGUGCCUUUGUGUAGAGUCUGAGCUCGCUUUCUAGCUAACCGGUAGCUCUAUGGAACCCAUUCUGAUCGUCAAACUUGUUUUGUGGAUUGUAUCCAUCGUUUUCUCGGUUAUUGUAUUGGUCAUUACAGAACAGAAAUUGAGAAUAGAAGACACGUGUGCCUUUGGUUUUGAAUUCGAUCCCGACGCUCUCUCGUACAACAACGUAAAAGAAGCGUGUCAUGUUGCACUUGCUGUCGCAGUCAUGGGCAUGGUGUUUGGGAUAGUCGGCUUUGUGUUAGAGAUAGUUGUGGAGAAGGGCGGUGCCGUGAUGAUUGUCGUGAAGAAGUUCAUUUUUCUAGGGCUCAUGAUACUCGCCAUCGUAGUUGCAGUGCUGUGGAUUGCUACUUUCAUCUAUCUCAUUUACCUGUGGGAAAAUAAAACAACGAGUGCACAUCUGGUUGAUGAAACAAAGAACAGUGCACGAGGUGUUCUUGCUUUGACCUUUUUGUCGGGUGCUACAAAGGUGAUAUUGGCAGUGCUGGAGAAGAUAGAUCACGGCAAAGCUCUUAGCGUGCCCAUCCCCUAGACUCUAAAGAAGAAAAGUUUAUUCAAACUUCAAUUGCUAGACAAUUUGCUUACCGCCACUAGUAUAACUAGAUCUGUCUGUUUCUGCACAUGUUGUGAGUGCAAUUUCUUCUAGGUUUGCAAUUCAGCUCUAGAUAGCUAAUUGUUAAUUAUAAUUUAAUGUUGAUUCUUGAAUGUAGA